GUAGAGAGCGGAGGAAACCCUGUGCGUGAGCAGCCAUCUUGGAUAGGCAGAUCAUACUUGAGCCAGGAUAACCUGCAUACCUCCUGUGAACAGCUCAAAGCUCACAAGAUUUAAUAUCUGAGCCACAAUGGCCACCGCACCGUACAACUAUUCCUACAUUUUCAAAUACAUCAUUAUCGGGGACAUGGGGGUAGGGAAGUCAUGUUUGCUUCACCAGUUCACAGAAAAGAAAUUCAUGGCAGACUGCCCUCAUACUAUUGGCGUGGAGUUUGGUACAAGGAUAAUCGAGGUGAGCGGGCAGAAGAUCAAGCUGCAGAUCUGGGACACAGCAGGGCAAGAGCGCUUCAGGGCCGUCACCCGCUCCUACUACCGCGGGGCUGCAGGGGCGCUUAUGGUCUACGACAUCACCAGGAGAAGCACGUACAACCAUCUCAGCAGCUGGCUGACUGAUGCCAGAAACCUCACCAACCCCAAUACUGUGAUCAUUCUCAUAGGAAAUAAAGCAGACUUGGAGGCCCAGAGGGAUGUUACAUAUGAGGAAGCGAAGCAGUUUGCUGAGGAGAACGGUCUGUUGUUUUUGGAAGCUAGUGCAAAAACCGGUGAAAAUGUUGAGGAUGCCUUCCUGGAAGCUGCUAAGAAGAUCUACCAGAAUAUCCAGGAUGGCAGCCUGGACCUGAAUGCUGCCGAGUCAGGGGUUCAGCAUAAGCCCUCGGCCCCUCAGGGCGGCCGGCUAACCAGCGAACCACAGCCCCAGAGGGAAGGCUGCGGCUGCUAAUGACCAAGCAAAAAGCCCCUUUGCCCUCCCUUUCUCCCUCUCUGUCUGUCCUGCCCACCCUUCCUCAACCAAACCCCUCCAUUCCAUCCGCCACCUCUGUGCGUUCAUCCCCCGCUGCACCAGGUGCUGCAUGAGAGCAGGGCUGCGGUGGGAAGGAGCAGGGGAGGGCCGAUAUCGACUUGGGCCAGGCUGAGCUGGGCUUUGUGGACUACAUCUCCCCCUCCUCUUCUUCCUCUGCGCCUGUCUGUCUCACUCCUCCUCUUUAAUCUAUCAGUGUAUUGUCGUCUCAUAACUCUCUCCUUUCACUCCCCACGAUCCUCACACCAUUCAGCCUAGUUCCCUCCAUCAUAGUAUCGUAGAAUCCACCACACAUUACACUGGUCACUGACACUUUAGAUAGAUGUAAUGUUCAUACGAUAAUGAUAAAGCAAGACUGUUUGUUUUAUUGUUUUGUUUUUGUUGGAUUUUAUAGCUAUAUGCGAAAUGUAAACACUGCAUUAAGUUUCAUCCACCACCAAUUGGAUCUAAGUUAUAUUCCCAAACUUAACUCCGCCUCCCCUGCAUGGGUUACAAUUCCUGUAUUUUAUCAGCACAUGAAGGCGUGAAAUCUAACUCGUGCUUUAUUGUUUGGGAGCAGAACACGAGGGUGAUGAAGUCAUGUAUCACGCAGCCACACGGGUAGAGGCUCUUAAGCAUGUGUCCACGAAUGUGUAGCUGAGUGAGCUUUUUUCCAGCGGGAUUCAGACCUGCCUGUGGCUUUUAAUUCUGCUUUUGCUGCUUGGCACAGGGUCUUUUGCCAGAUGUGGCAACGUUGAUAUUCUCAGAAGGGAGAAGGGGAAAUCUAGGAAUUACCCACAAAUUCUUGGUGGAUUAUUCCCCGGCCUCUGAGUUAUUACAGGAAGGAAUACUGGGUGUUUUCCAGCUUGUCUGUCUUUUGUGUGUUUUGACUAAGUUAAAAAUGACACUUUAGCAACAACAACAACAGCCACCCCAUGACUCUUCCCAUUUUUGAUGAAAAGAUUUAUUUAAAUCAGUUUCUUUGCACCAGCCCCCCCCCUCCAUAUAUCUCCCAUUUCACACCUAAACUCUCCCUCUCAUAUUAACAGAUUGUCUUUACCAGCAUUUUCUUUGUCAUUGUUUGUUGCCUUAUUCUUAUUAUUGCUAUUACUCUUUAAUCUUUGUUUUGCUGCACUUGCUCUUCACACUGCUCUUGAAUUCAAUCCGAUUCAAUAAGUCAACUCUUUUAGAAUAAUUCUCCCAUUUUACUGAAGAAAACAAAAAAGUACUUGACAUGGUCAGAAUUCUUUAAAUGGUAAAGCAGUAAGAGCAUAGUCCUGACUGAGUGUAAAAAUGAACUUGUCACUCCUGUAUCUCAAUGAAUCUGCACUGAAGAGCUGAUUUCUUGGUUCAUUCGGGCAGUUGGUCCUCUGCCUCCCGUAAAGCAACACCAAGCAGCAUGCCCCUUAAAAUAUGACAAAAUUGUGAAAGAUCUGUUUCCUUUUUCAAGUAGGAAUAUUUGUAUCAUAGCGUUUCCCUGAUUUGACAGCUGUAUAUAUUGCUUCUUAACUACUGGUGAUGGCCUCGCUACUGUACUUUGAAUUUAGAAAUUUAUUUGGUGGCUCUGCCAAUUUCUGUACAGUCAGUGUGCUAGUGGGUUGCCUGUAAUUCAUGCUUGGGAAAUUCUGUAACAUAGUUUCUAUUAAUAAAUGUAUGUAAAGGACA